AUGAAGGGAGUGUAUGAGAAGCUAUUGGUGAAAGUGAGGCCCCGUUGCAGCAGAGACCCCGGCAUUUUGGAGGCACCAACCAUGGUCAACCCCACCAUGUUCUUCGACAUUGAGGCCGAUGGCCAGCCCUUGGGCCGCAUCUCCUUUGAGCUAAUUAUUCUAGGAUUCAUGUGCCAGGACGGUGACUUCACACGCCAUAAUGACACUGGCGGCAGGUCCAUCUACGGGGAGAAAUUUAUCUCCACUGCCAAGACUGAGGGGCUGGCUGGCAAGCAUGUGGCCUUUGGGAAGGUGAAAGAAGGCAUGAACGUGGAAGCCCUGGAGCAUUUCGGGUCCAGGAAUGGCAAGACCAGCAAGAAGAUCACAAUUUCCAACUGUGGACAACUCUAA